UUUUUACUGUUGAGUAACUGCAUGCUGGUCUAGCAGUGCGAGAGAGGGUGAACGAGAGGUAAAGGAAUAAAGUGCGAACCCAGGAUCUUAUUAGAACUCUCUUUCUGGUCCUAUCGUCUUUGUACACCUCUUGCUUGUUGCUUGUUUUCACUUUUUUGGGGAGGCCCCAGAGAGGACACACAAUGGAGCGAAGAGCCUGUGGCAACUGGGCUGUUGUACUGCUGAGAGGGGGAUGGGGUAGAGAGAGGACCGGUUCACACAGCUAACAGAGCCUGCUGGCUGUAGGUUUCCAACAGCCUCUCCUUCCUGCCUGGACAUACUCUUUCCAGACUGGCUUCUUUCCUGGAACAACCACUCUUAAACUCUUCCUGGUCUUCAUUCAGGAUUACUCACCAUGUCUUGUGGGAUUUUAGAACACAUAACUGAGCCAGAGGAAUGAAUGGUUUUGGAAUAACCAAAAAGAAAAAAAUAACUUCUUUCCAAUUCAUAUGUGGCCUCUUUGGUUUCUGUUUCUGUUUGGUGGAAUUGAUAAAUGGAUUACAAGAUGCACUCCAAAUCAAAUGAUUUGCUGGAUUUUCAACAAUUGGAUGCCCUUCUGGAAAAAAUUGCACAUUCAGUCUCUGUGAAAAGAGAUUCCAGUGAGGAGUGCAAUGGGAUCAGUGGUACUCUGUCAGUGGAGUCUGUGCCGGGGCCAAGACUGAACUGGUGUUCUGCCAGCACCACUACCCCUGCCCCUACUCUCGCUCCAGCUCCCGUUCUGGGACCUGAGCCCACGCCUAACCCUGUCAGAAUGGGAGACGGCCUGGAUACUGCGCAGAUGUCGGGCAGCAGCCAGGGGCAGGCUCAGCAAACGGGCAAUCCCCCAGCCCCAGAGUUCUUCAGUCCUAGCAGGCCGAAACGCCAGACCAACCAGCUGCAGUACCUACUAAAAGUUGUGGUAAAAUCCCUAUGGAAGCACCAGUAUGCCUGGCCUUUUCAUUCACCAGUGGAUGCCAUUAAACUUAACCUGCCUGAUUACUACUCUAUAAUUAAAACACCUAUGGACAUGGGAACAAUCAAAAAAAGACUUGAGAAUAGCUACUACUGGAAUGCCCAAGAAUGUAUUCAGGACUUCAACACGAUGUUUACCAACUGCUAUAUAUACAACAAGCCUGGCGAUGACAUAGUUUUAAUGGCUGAAGCUCUAGAGAAGGCUUUCCUUCAAAAAGUUGCAGAGAUGCCUCAAGAAGAAAUAGAGAUCCCGGUCAUGACAGGAAAGGGACGUGGCCGAGGCCGGAGAGAAGGUGGUUUAAACUUGAAACCAGGCACCAUCAUUGAUUCGUCAUCCGCGACUCCACAAACGCGUGGCCUGUCAAACCUUCCAGCAGCUCCGCAGUCUCUAGGACCAAUGCAGGCCCCAUCUGUGCUACCUCCACAUCCUUCAAUCCAGGCUCUGCCCUCCCUUGUGCCCCAGACGUUACCCAGCCUUGCGCCACAGCUCGGAGCGCCAUACACCAUGGUUCAGCCAGACUGUGUUCCUCAAGUUCCUAUCAUGACUUCUGUGCCUCUCCCCACUCAGACCUCUCUUCCCCCAGUACCGAUUCAGAACACUGCCCCUAUGCUGCAGAGCCCUAUAACUAUGACCAAACAAAAAAAGAGCCAAAAAAGGAAAGCGGACACUACAACACCAACAGCAAAUGACCAGCUGAGUGAGUCUUCACCUGCAGAAUCUAAAUCUGGGAAGACGUUACCCAGAAGAGAGAGUAGCCGACCACCGAAACUGUUAAAGAAGGAGGCUCCGGACUCUCAGCAUCACAUAGGUAUGGUAACCGGUCUCAGUGGACCAAGUGGAGGUCUUAGCCCCAAACCACAGGAUCAGCUAGGUUACUGUGCUGGUCUAGUUAGAGAUAUGCUAUCCAAGAAACACGCUGCUUACGCCUGGCCGUUUUAUAAACCCGUUGAUGUGGAUGCACUGGGACUACACGACUAUCACGACAUCAUCAAACAUCCAAUGGACCUCAGUACCAUCAAGGCCAAAUUGGAAACAAAGCAAUACCGAGAUCCCCAGGAGUUUGCUGCUGAUGUAAGGUUAAUGUUUUCCAACUGCUACAAAUAUAACCCACCAGACCACGAAGUAGUAUCCAUGGCACGAAAGCUGCAGGACGUGUUUGAGAUGCGCUUUGCCAAGAUGCCAGACGAACCUGAGAGCAAGCCAGUGGUUUCUGCCCAAACUCCUACACUUCACCAUCCUGCCCCGGUGAAGCCCCAACCCCAUUUGGCACACAUUCACACAUCUUCAGACAGCUCCAGUGACUCAUCCUCUGAGUCUGAGUCUUCCACUGAUGACUCUGAAGAGGAAAGAGCUCAGCGGUUAGCAGAGCUCCAGGAGCAGCUGAAGGCUGUCCACGAGCAGCUGGCUGCCCUGUCGCAACCACAACCCAGCAAACCAAAGAGAAAAGAGAAGGAGAAGAAAGAGAAGAAAAAAGAUAAGCAUAAGAAGAAAGGCAGCAUUCCAAGCCAUGUAGAUGAGAUCCAGGACCCCCCACCUGUUCCACAGCUGCCCAAGAAAACUAAGACCACAAACAAUAACAAAGAUGUGGUUACUAAGAAGAAACCCAGUAAAAAGGAGGUAUUAAAAAAUAGUCACCCACCCAGUCUGCAGCAUGUUCCCAACCUGGAGGACGAUCUUGGAACAACUGGACCACCGGUCCCAGGGGAGAAAUGCAAGCCCAUGACUUACGAAGAGAAGAGGCAGCUAAGCCUGGACAUUAACAAGCUUCCUGGUGACAAGCUUGGCCGUGUAGUACAUAUCAUUCAGUCGAGGGAACCCUCGCUCAAAAACUCGAAUCCUGAUGAGAUUGAGAUCGACUUUGAGACACUGAAGCCUUCAACUCUACGUGAACUGGAGAGAUAUGUGUCAUCCUGCCUCAAGAAAAAGAAACGGGUUCCACCUGAGAAAACCGUUGAGUCAGUGGCUCCCUCCAAAAAGACAAUAUCUUCUUCUGAAAGCAGUGACUCAAGCUCAGACAGUGAAGCUGAGGGAUCAGGAAUGAUAAAGCAGCCAAAGAAGAAGAGCCAAUCUGUGAAAGAGGGGAAGAAGAUGCAUCCCCAUGUCCAGACGGGCUCUGCUCAGACUGGGUUUCAGUCCCAAGCUGUUGUCUCUCAGGCCAGCAGUCAGAUGAAGCAGCAGCAGCACCAACCGUCUCCUGCAGGCUUUAUGCCUCCUCCACCCGUCGCUGCUCUGGAGUCGUCCCACUUGCUAGAAAGCUACGAGCCUCUGCCUCCGUUCAGCCAGCCGAUCAUGCAUAUGCCCCACCACACUGGCAAUUCUUCCCCUCCACCUCCGCAUAUAAACGCUCAUUCUGCUGGAUCAGUGUCCCCUGAAACGCACCCAUUCCUCAACCAGCAUCCGGUCCUCCCGUCUCCAGGUAAGGAUGCAUCUCUACAUAGUUCGAUGCCUCAGCAGCCGUCACGGCCGAGUCACAAAGCAGCGCCUCUUCAUCCAAAACCGCCCCAGCAGCAGCAGCAGCCAGCACCACCUCAGCAGCAGCAGCCAGCUCCGCAGCAGCAGCCGCAGCUUCAGCCGGCCCCCCCACCGCAGCAUCAGCUCCCCCCUCAGAUCUUCCACACUCACCAAACCCUGCACCAAAGGCCCAUGUCACCCCCCACCCUCACCCCUCAAGGUUUGCUAUCUUCCCAGCCUCCCCAGAUGCUGUUGGAAGACGACGAAGAGCCGGGGUCAACUACACCUAUGAACCAAGUGCAGUUAUUCCUACAGCAGUUCCAGCCGGCCCGUCAGCCGCAGCAAUCCAUGCAGUCGCACCAGGCGCCGGUUCGGCAGCAGCCGCAGCAGCAGCUGCAGCAGCUGGGACAGACUUCUCUCCUGCAGACAGCGACAAUGCAGGGACAGUCGCAGCUCUCCGCACAGACUUCGCUGCCUCCUCCACAGCUUUCUGUUCCCUCUCAAGCCCAGCCCACUGCAUCACAUCAGGCCCCACCCCCUCAGAUUACCCUACACCAGGCCCGCCACCUGCAAAACGCUCAACACCAACAGCAGCAAGCGCAGCAGCAUCAACUGAACUACCAGCAGGGUCCGGGACUCGCUGGUCAGUCCCAGGCGUCGCAACACAACAUCUCAAUGCCCUCCAACAAACCACAGCAGAUCAUCCAGCAGCAGCAGGAGCAGCCCUCCCCUCGGCCAUCCAAACCUGACCCAUACAAUACUGGCCACAUAAGAGAUAACCCAUCUCCUCUCAUGAUGCAUUCCCCACAAAUCCCCCAGUUUCCUCCCGUCUCUCACCCAUCCCCACCUCACAACAUGCAACCCAAAAAGCAGAGGGCCUCUGGAAGCCAAGUUGUGGUUAAAGAGGAAAAACUUCCUCCGUCACCAGUGAUGAGAGGAGAGCAGUUUAACUCUGCGAUGAGAGCAGAGCAUCACAAACAUCCAGAAAUCAAGUCCAGUCAGACCGGCCAGAGUCAACAGAAUUUAAAAUCUGUGGAUAGUUCACGGCCCGUCAUCCGUUCCUCUGAGCCCAGCGGGCCACCUCCCAUCCUGCAGGAAAAGGAGAAAUUCAAGCAGGAGCCCAAGACCUCUGUAGCUCCCAAAAAGGUACAGGACGUGAAAUUCAAAAACAUGGGCUCAUGGGCAAGCCUGGCACAAAAGUCAACGUCUACAACACAAUCUGCUGUGAAGUCAUCGAGUGACAGCUUCGAGCAGUUCCGCCGUGCGGCCCGGGAGAAAGAGGAGAGGGAGAAGGCCCUGAAAGCCCAGGCAGAGGCGGAGAAAGACCGGCUGCGUAAAGAGCAGGACAAACAACGAGGGCGGGAUGAAGAGGACGUCAUCGAGCCUCCUCCCAGAAGAGUGCAUGAGGAGCCUCGUGGCCGCCUCGAGCCGCAGCACAUCCAAGCCCCUUCUCAACAACAACCGCAGCAGGUGCAGCAGGUGCAGGUGCAGCAGGAAUCCCAGCCGGCUGCCAUCCAGCAGUCUCCUCAACCCGCUACUCCGCCUCAGCCCUCCACACAGAACUCACUAGAUCAACAGAGGGAACUAGCACGCCGAAGGGAACAGGAGAGGCGGAGGAGGGAGGUGAUGGCAGCAACUAUUGAUAUGAAUUUUCAAAGUGACUUAAUGGCUAUCUUUGAGGAGAACUUGUUUUGAGAAAACGAGGACAGCAGAAUGAACUGCAAAAGAAGGAGAAGAAAAAAGCGAAUGAAUGCCUCAAGCAUCCUCUUGAAUAAAAUCAUGGCAACAAUGCAGCGCAGACCGCUCCACAGACUUAAUGCAUACACAACCAGCCCUGUUGAGACUGAAAACAAACGCUGGCUGGACAAGUGGUUACGGCUCACUUUGGCCCCAUUGGCUGAACACAUGGAGGGGACUCUUAUUGUUUUGGAUGUCAUUUUCUUGGAAUCUAGCAUUGCUUGCCUGAUCUCUAGUUGUGGAGAAAAAAAGGAACCCUUUUUUUUUUUUUUUUGGCACAGUUGCCUUUGUCAGACUUGAUUCUCUCACUGUGUGUUGGCACAACAAUACUGCAGGAGUAAAGACAUCCCAAUACUGGAGAUGGUGAAAAUGCUCUGAAUUACUGACAGACUGCGCAGAAGUAUUUUGAAACUGCCAGAUGUCUAAAAUCGUGAAGAAAUGUGUCUUUUUUGUUGUUUAUUUUGUCACUAGUGAACUGUUUUUGUUUUGUUUGUUUUUUUCUUUUUUUAUAUUUGGUGGGGAAGGGGUGGGAGCAACUUCCAUACUGUAAAUCAUGUAUAUUUCUCAGCAGAGAAGGUACAGUUUGCCUUACAUCUCUUUCCUAAAUAGAUAAGUAUGUUGUAUGGCCUGCACACAUGGACAAACCAAUAACACUUGCAGACAAAAACCAGAAGCCGUGCAGAUGUUUUUUUCCGUCAUCUAGGAUCUACUGUAAAAAAAUAUUUUCUUAUGCUUCAAAAACUGUUUAUUUUGGAUCUGUCUGCUUUUCCACCUGGGUUCUCCUUGCGCCAAUACACUCCACCACCUAUGCCAAACAACUCAAUAUCUUUUAUGUUAAAUAACUUCUCUAAGCAUUGUAGGUAGAUAGCGGGCAAAAAACUGAAUAUAUGCAUUAUCAUAGCUCCAGUGAGUAUUUAUCAAAGAAAAGAUCAAUUUUCAUCUUGUAUUUGUCAUUUAAAAACUACAAAAACUAGCUACCAGAAGAGUUAAAGAGCCAGUUGUUUCUGCGCUUUAGUUGGGUUUCACUGCAAGUGUCGUUAUAUUUGUUUUACUAUCAGAUAUUGAUGUUCGGCUGUUCACAACAGUCACUACUGGAUUGGAUAAGCCUCUUGUGUUGCCUUUGAGGAUUCUGUUGUGACUAAAAUCAGUGCUUAACAUUAGAAAGAUGCAAUUAAGGAAGAAGAAACGAUUUCAUCUUUUCUAGCUAACAGUUAAAACAAGUUAGUAAAAAACUGUUAAUGGGACCAGAUGAAGCUCCCGCUUUCGAUCAUCUUCCAAUUCACAACAGGCACUCUUGACAGCGUUUUAAAAAAAAAAAACGGUCAACCAGAAAUGUCAAAACAAGAAAAAAAAAAAGUUGAAAAUGGUUUGGAUUUCUAUCUUUGUUCUUGUUUGAUAAUAGUGGAUGUAAGUUCUAAUUCUGUUCCUGGAGACAUUUUGGAGCUGGGCUAAAAUCUGAACAUAUGUUGUCCUCUCUAUUUGUCUCUUAAAGUGUAUUUUUUUUCUCCAGUGCCUGUAUUGUAUUGCAAUUCUUGUUGGCUUAUAUUACACUUUGAGGGGACUUAGAAAGUGGCACAUCAGGAGUGGGAGGUUUAAUAUUUAAAACGGGAGGGAGAUUUUUUUUUGAAGAGUUUGUGUUUUUAAAAAAAAGAAAAAAAAAGGUAAAGACAGCAUUUUAUAUUUUACCCGUUGUCAAUAUUCUGGUUUUAAAAUUUAGUUUUAGCUGGGCAUCUUUAAGUGUAAACAUCUGACAACUACUUUUGCAUUUUGUUCUCUGAGCAGAUUUUAGCUAGAUGUGUUUCAGCGUUCCCACAUUAGCGUUUUCAGUCUGGUCUGUAAGUUUGAUUGUGUAAAUUUGAGCGACUGCGUGAAUGUGUGAGUUGUUUUUUUUUUCCACUGUGUGAUGCGAAGAGGCAUGUUCCCAGAUAUGUAGAUAAACGUUCUGUUGAUGAAGACUAAAAAGAUGAACAGGAAAGGUUUAGUACUUAAUUCACUUUUCUUUUUUUUUUAUUUCAAGGCCACCAUGUAUGAAUAUAUAAUGUUAUUAUUAGACCUGUUUCAAAAGUGUUAAGAAAAAUACUUUCAUUCCAUUUUAUCCUUUUGUUUUCCACGAUAACUGUUGGACAUAAUGUGCCAUGAGUUCUACAGAGAAUGUGCUGAAAUGCAGCUCAGCCCAGAAUUUGCUUUAUUCAGGUAUUUUAAUUUUUGUGUUGCAUUUGUUCUAUUUUGGGGGGUUGUUAUAACAUUUUCCUCAGUUUUGUUUGGUAUGUGAGUGGUCUCUUGAGGUCUCUGAAUACGUAUGUAAUGAUCAUUGAAUAAACUCAUCUGUUUUAUAGAAAAUAAAA